UGCGCAUGCCCAGUGUAGUAGCCGGUCAUGGCGGCGGUGUGUGUUUGUCCAUGAGGUGGGGGACGCCUGUUAUUCUUGUGGUCUGUGACGGAGCGAUCCGAGCGAAGCGCUGCCAUGGCUGGAGUGUUUGACAUUGAUUUGGACCAACCGGAGGAAAAUGUCUCCGACGACGAGACUGAUGAGGCUCAGAUCAAUGAAAUCAUGGACCAGUGCACUGGCUUUGAGUUCAACAUGGACGACUGUGAGAAGAUUGAGAUCUCUGAGGACAACGUCAAUCAGGGCACGGAGAACAUCAGACCGGAGUGCUUUGAGCUACUGCGGGUCCUGGGGAAGGGCGGCUAUGGAAAGGUUUUCCAAGUUCGGAAAGUUGUCGGAGCCGCAUCUGGCAAAAUAUUUGCCAUGAAAGUUUUAAAAAAGGCUAUGAUCGUGCGUAACGCCAAGGACACGGCCCACACCAAGGCCGAGAGGAACAUCCUGGAGGAGGUGAAGCACCCCUUCAUUGUCGACCUCAUCUACGCCUUCCAGACAGGAGGGAAGCUGUACCUCAUCCUGGAGUACCUGAGUGGAGGAGAGCUCUUCAUGCAGCUGGAGAGGGAGGGCAUCUUCAUGGAGGACACAGCCUGUUUUUACCUGGCAGAGAUCUCCAUGGCUCUGGGCCACCUGCACCAGAAGGGCAUCAUCUACAGAGACCUCAAGCCUGAGAACAUCAUGCUCAACAAUCAAGGUCACGUAAAGUUGACAGACUUUGGUUUGUGUAAAGAGUCGAUUCACGACGGCACCGUCACUCACACUUUCUGUGGUACCAUUGAAUACAUGGCUCCAGAGAUCUUGAUGAGGAGCGGGCACAACAGAGCAGUGGACUGGUGGAGUCUGGGCGCCCUGAUGUACGACAUGCUCACGGGAGCGCCACCGUUCACAGGGGAAAACCGCAAAAAGACCAUCGACAAGAUCCUGAAGUGCAAGCUCAGCCUCCCGCCUUACCUCACGCAAGAAGCCAGAGAUCUCCUCAAACGGUUGCUGAAGAGGAACGCGUCAUCGCGGCUGGGAGCAGGAGCAGGGGACGCCACGGAAGUGCAGGCUCAUCCCUUCUUUCGACACAUCAACUGGGAGGAUCUGCUGGCGCGGAAAGUGGAGCCUCCCUUCAAGCCUUUCCUGCAAUCAGCAGAAGACGUGAGUCAGUUUGACUCGAAGUUCACCAGUCAGACGCCAGUGGACAGCCCGGAUGACUCCACCCUCAGCGAGAGUGCCAAUCAAGCCUUCCUGGGUUUCACUUACGUUGCUCCAUCAGUGCUGGAAAACAUCAAAGAACGCUUCUCAUUUGAGCCAAAAGUCCGCUCACCUCGGCGGAUCAUGGGCAGCCCGAGAACACCUCUCAGCCCAGUCAAGUUCUCAGCAGGAGACUGCUGGGCCCGGAGCCCCCUCCUCCAAGGCGGAGGACCGAGCGUCCUCCAGUCUCCUCAGGACCAGGCCAUGGAAGUGUCCACCCCAGAGCAGAUGGAUGUCACGUCCAGCUCCGAGGCCUCAGCCCCCCUCCCCAUCCGUCAGCCGGCCGGGGUCAACCUCGCUCAGAUGAAGCAGCAAGCCUACCCUGUUGUGGCCAAACGCCCCGAGCAUCUACGUAUGAACCUAUGACCCCGCCCCGCCCGUUUAGGAGAGUUUAUUUCUUGACUUUUUUUCUUUUUCUUUAUUGAUAUAUAUUUUUUUUUUUAAAGAAAAUCAAACAAGAUACGGAUGCUAGAGACAAUGAAAAAUCCAAAAUUGCACAUCCGCACACUACAUGAACUGUCACAACCUGGAGUUUGUGCGCACGUUUGGGACUCGAGCGUGCUUCAACUAAGUGCUACAGACAACAUCACCAUCUCACCACUUCUCCAUCACCUCAGGUCUGCUGACCUCGGUCUUCUGUUCCCCCUUUUAUCCUCUCAAAUGGACUAGACGGACUGAAAACGUUUAGAGGAGCUGCAGCUUGUGUGUGAAUCAGAGCUGAUGAUGUAUCACACAGCGUGCAAGUGAUUCAAACUGAAACACAGUCUAAUGUACGACAUGUCCAAAGUGCUUUGUGCGAUUUGAAUGAAUGCCAGUGAGGAAAUUGCUUCCAUUGGAAGAUUUUGACUUCUUCUUAGACAAAAUGCUUCCUGGCUCUGAAUGGAAUAUUAAUUAGGUUCAUUAUUUAAAAAAAUGAUCAAAUGAAGGAUCAUUGAGUAGUAGUAGUAGACAGGCAGAGUUCUGGUAUUGAUGAAUAUAGCUUUAUGUCUUACGAGGUUUUACAAGAUGGAUGCAUUAUCUGUGCUAUACAUCAGUGAUGAAUCAGAGAGAGCCUAAAUUAAACAAGAAAAAAAAAAGUUGACUUUUUACGUUCUUUGAGCAUUAAUGUUGUGGAUGACUUGUGAAACGGCUUAUUUGAUGUGGGAUCCACACGUCGGCUAUCUGCGCACUAAUCACUGGAUUAGCUGUCACCAGACACAAUUCAGACGGACGUCGCUUUCCCCCACCAUCGCCCAGACCCUCAAACUCAUCUCGGUGCUGCGCUGCACAGGGACGCGCUGGGUCUCUGCGGCCUGGGACGUCAGACGCCCCUGGGGCGAUUCAUACUGGAGAGACCGUGCCGCCAGUUGAUCUGGACACUGUCUGCCGCUACAGGGGUUUAAUUCUCCAAAAAAAAAAAAAAAAAAAAAAAAACUGGGGCAACAUUUACAGGCUCCUGCAUCAGCAUUAACUUGUUUAGGAUGGAAGUUUUAGAAUUCCUGAAAAGCAAGAGAAUUAUAAAUAAAACGCUGAAAAAAAGUGGGUCGUGUCUUUUGUGUACUGGAAGAAAAACAACUACAGACCUCAUAAGUGUGUGUAUAUAUUUUUUUUUUUAAUUACAGAGAUUUAUUUAAAAUCUGCAGCCUUCCAAUGGCAACAGCUGCUAGCACAUUCAAAUUCCUCACCAUACCCUGUGUUUUAUUCCUUUUUCUUUAUUUGAUUUGAGAUUUGGACUCGUAAACAAAAACAGUGCAAAAAAUUCAAACGUACUUUAAAAACAAAAAUGUCGAAGUUAAUGAGGAAAUGAAAUUAAAAACUUUACCACCACCUACAGGACAGUUACAGGCACUACAACAAUAAGUGCUGACAAAUAAGGAAUGCGUUUGUAGUCAAUAGAAGAACACGGUCUUAUCUGCUAUAAUGUUUUUCAAAAAUCAAAAUAAAUACAGUGUCAUUAUAAUGCCAAAAAAAAACAUGAAUGAAAUUCAGUCACUUCAAAAACAUUGAAGGCCCCAUAAUAUGAAAGGUUGUGUAAGUGUGAUGUAUAGUACGAGGGACUUCAUUUCUGCUGAAUCAGA